CUGGUGUGGUAGGUCACGAACAUUUGGUGGCCAUACUCGAUCUAUAUGUCAUCAAAUCCAUUUUUAAUAUAAAAGCGGAUCCAGACCAGAGCGGACAUAAUAAAGAGUGUGGAUUUAAUAAGUCAGUGUUGUUUAUGAAGGAAUCUGGAGAAUUUUAACGGACUGGGAUCGACACAUUUGGGAGACACCAGAAACUUUUGCUCUGUCACAUUUUGUUCGUUUUGUAAAGUCAAGUGGACAAACAUUUUGUAAUUGUACUGUAAUAAAGUUGUCUUAUUCGAAAUAAACUUCUAUUUAACGAUGACAGUCAACGCGCAGAGGUUACGAGAACUGCCGGGGAAUGAUCGAUGUGCUGAUUGCCAAGAUUGCGACUGCCCACACUGCGGUUUUCCAGAUGCAAUUUGGGCAUGCGAAGAACUUGGAAUCAUGGUGUGCGAGGAGUGCAUGAGCAUGCAUCAACUGCUGACCAAAUCCAAGUUCAAAUCUGUCAUAUGCCAAGACUGGACAGAGGAAAGCUACCAGAAUAUGGCAUCAACCAACAACAACGUCUCCAAGGAGAUAUAUGAGAAUUCACUUUCUCCCGCCUUCAAGAAACCUACACGCUGCUUUGAUGUGAAUUUCCGUCGGCAAUGGAUCAUAGCUAAGUACAUCCGUCGUGAGUUUUCAUCUCCAGACAAUCUCCCCAAUUAUACCCUUGGUAAAAAAUGCGGGUAUUUGUGGAAACGUGGACGAGAUGGCGGUCUGUUCUUGAGACGUUGGUUUGUAUUGGACUCCUCCGGAAAAGGGAAGCUUCGCUACUACACAGACGCAAAUGAGCAGAAUUUGCGUGGUGAGAUAUCGCUCUUCCAGAUGAACAUGGUACUGGCCUCGGAGGAGAAGAUUGGCCAUCCCAAUGGUCUGCAACUCAUCUUCCCUGAGACAAAGGGUCAAAAUACUCGGCUGAUUUAUCUCUACGCUGAGCUGGCUAAGGAUAUGGUUGAAUGGUACCAAGCUGUACGAUGCCUCAAGUUUAGAAUCAAGAAAGAGACACGUGUAGAAAAAGAUGAAGAAAUUAUUUCCCGUAUUUUGCGGUAUGACAUCUUGAAGGAAGGCUACCUUUUGAAAACAGGGGCAAAGGGCAAGGAAGCCUUUCGAAAACGCUGGAUGGUUCUGGACCCUCUGUGUCUCAUGUACUUCAAAGAUCCUCUGGAUGCUAAUCCCAAGGGUACCAUCCCAAUGAAAGCGGGUUACUCUCUCAUCAUGAAUGGACAGCUAGACCCUGAGAAUCGUGGUUAUCACUUCUUCCUCAAGACACCCGGCCGCACUUAUCAUUUCAUCGCUGAAAAUGACCAUGAAAGGAAAGCAUGGUUUCAAGCCAUACACUCUGCCUGCAACAAAGCCAGCGGAGGUCAUCAUCAUAAACCUUGUGCAUCGCCUUCAGCUCCCAGAAAACCCACCAUGCAAAUACCAGCUGUGCCGCAGCAAGACAAACCCAAAGCAGCACCAAGUAAAUUCCUAUCCGAUCCCGCGCUGAAGAGCACCCCCAUUGUUGACAAAGUGGAGUCGGUGGAUAACGAUGAAAGUUUGAAACUCUCCUCACCCUUCAGCGGAGUCCGGCCCAGCACGAGGCCCCGACCCGCAGAGACUCUGAAGGACUACCAUCAUCGGCAAGGACCGGGACAUCACCCGCACGGCCGCUACCAACCCGGGGCGGAGCUGAUCAAACAGCCUGCCAUUGAGGUGAUUGAGGAUGACUACCUCGAGUUUAUUCCGCCCGAUUCAGACUCCGAGGAGAGCUCCGAAGAAGACGAAGAGGAAAACACCGAACCUCACUACAUUGAAAUGGAAGGCGAGAGUGUCGUCAUGAUGCGGACGGUUGAUAUGAUCGGUAUGACAACCAAGCAGCUCUCCACGCAUCUAAAGGUUCCCCCGGGGGCGCUAUCGCAAUCCAACAGUUGCACCAUGUGUGUAAGUUUGGUCUGGAACACCUUGCCGACGCUCCCGAAUUCGGAGGGAUACGUCGCAGUGUGUCCCGUUGUGAGUUGCUGCAGCAUGCCUAGGAAUGUGAAGAUGAUACAGCCAUUCCAGCUGGAGGUACAGCAUAGUGCCAUUCUGAAGGAUGUGAAAACAAGUGCACCUAAAGUCUGGCAUCUCGCUAAAGAACCGGGAAAGUUCUCCAAGUGGGAGGCAGUUGAGAGUGGUGGAUCCAGCCUCUCUUGCAGGGCUACCGAUCGUAACGUCAUCGUCUCAACAACUAAAACUGGCUGUUUCUGCGUCAUGUUCCCUCAGGGGAGUGUCCUUGGGAAGAUGGUGAGAUGUAUGACCUAUAUGUCCAGAGAGCAGGAGGAAGACCACUUAGUCGUCAGGGUCUACUUCUUUGAUGACAAUGGUAGUGAUGAUGCUCUUCAUGAGAUCCAGAGACGUGAGAAUUCCUACAGCGGGCGUCUUUGUGACAUUUCAGGCUCGUUCUUCCUGCCCUACUCUCAAGAUGACAUUCUCUUGAAGCUGACUGACUUUGAAGGAAUGCAUAUGUACUUGGGCUCUGAUGAACCAAUGAAAGUGAGUGCCCAUGAGUUAUGGCACAAGCUGUUAAUGUGUUACAUGCUGGAGGUUGUGAAGACUGACUCUGUUGGUCAGUGCAGUAUCAGUGUCUGGCACCCAACGGAACAAGAGAAACUCACUCAGAUGAAUCUACACUACUCAAACGAGAAAAAGUUUUCAGUGGUAGCGCCGAUGCCCUAUAUGCAAGCCCCAUUGUCUCCGCUUCAAGCUGUUCCGACGAGGUGCCACCAGGCUGUGACGCGUGUUUCAUCGGCACCCCUGUCUCCGACCAAUGAGAAACCUUGUCUCAUUGCAAACAGAUCACGUGACCACCGCCACGCCCGUUCCAUACCAUGCCGCAGCACCAAACCCGCAGACGAUCUCCCUUACAACAGCUCCCUCGGGCAGAACCAACUUCCGUUUCUCGUGAAGCGUGACUUGUUCCUCCUUCUUGAUCCAAAGGUGAAAACCGGGAAAGACUGGCGUAUGCUCGCCAGUCAACUCGGCAUGGACAUCAUGAUUAACUCCUUCGAUAUGCAAAUUAACCCCACCAUGGAGGUACUGAAGAUAUUUGAGAUCAUGGAUCGACCAAUCAAGGAGUUGGAAGAUCAUCUGCGAUACAUGGAUAGAAACGACGCCGCUGACGUAAUCAAAGUACAUCUGGAGAAAAACCGGAAGGUAAUCAAACCAGUAGUAAACGUGGAAACGAAAUAAAAUAUGCAAGUUAAUUUAUGGAGUACUCUCUCUUUUGCGUUUGUAAAUAUAUACUCGUCUGUGAAUUGGGCCGUAGACAAUGAAAAGAAAUGGUUCGUGGCUGUUUUGUAAAAAAAAUAUUAAUAUUUCUUUUUCUCAGUGUACUAAACAUCAUUGCUUUCAUUGAACGUUAAUAAUUUAUAUAAACAAUCUGUUAUAAAUAACUAAAAGUGUAGAUUAAGUUCAACUGAAGUCCAAACUUCAGAGGGACUUUCAUGGACACUAAACUUUGUUAGCGCAUCAUUAGACCAGCUUUGUAUAUUUUGCUUUUAAUGUAUUAAGCAUACAGCUUGUAGCAUCACUAGAAACUAAGUUUGUAAGAUGAUAUUUUUCUUUGUAGUGUAGGCAAAACUUUAGAAGUGCAUACCAGAGACUUGUUUUUUAGUAAAAACUAUCAAAAUUCAUCAAAAUACUAUACGCACAAUCAACAAGUCAAUGUCCAAAAUAUUAAAUAAUUUAUCUCCUGCAACUAAUGUUUUAGUUGUUAAGGAAAUAGCAGUACCUAGUACAAGUAUCACAGUAGAUUAUUAGCAGGAUCUGUUCCCAUAAGAAAGAAAGGCCUUCACAGUAGCAAAGUUGUCAGUGUCUUUGCACAAGCUUGUGUAUAUAUGGUCGAUACAUGCAUAUUGCAUUCCUGUAAAUUGCAGCUAACAUUCGUGGCCCCCCCCCCCC